CCUUUUUUUUGCAGUGGUUAGCAAUGCUCCAACAGGCAACCAGCAAGUAGUAACUGCAGACUCUGACACAGUUUAGAUUCCCAGUCUGGGCUGGCCCUUUUCUUCAACAUCCAAUACUAUUUAUUUUGGCCAUUUAAGGCAUUUUUUAUUUGAAAAAAUAUUUAUGAAAGGGGAGAUGACAUGCAUCAAAGGGCCACAGGUCAGAGUCAAACCUACAGCCAAUGAGGCAAGGAGUAAACUUCUAUAAAUGGGUGUGUGCUCUACCAGAUCGUUGGCUUGAGUCUUACGAACAAAGCAGUUGGUGGCUCAGAAAAGUGUCUGGCUGGUGUGCGGAAAGCCUUUGCUGCUGUGGAAGCACUGAUGAGCGGGAAUGCUAGCCAAGUGGCCAUGGAUUUUGGCUGCUGUACGAUCCCUAAGAAUCUUGAUGAUCAGAUUGAGCUAAUGCAAAACCUGGCCGACAUUGUCAUGGGAACAGUGCAGUACAAUGAAGAAGGAGUGCUCAUGUCUAUUAAUGAGCUCUGUGGUGUUAUGACCAAUAAGAGCAAGGCAUAUGAGGAGGAGAUGGAGGCUUACAACCGCCUUGUUAAACUUGCAAAGAUCUACCAUUCCACCAGUGAGGAACCGUGUCUGGACAUCUCCCAUGAGAAAACAGUGAAGGAUAUGAUGGACACGUCCCUCCCCUCAGGCAGGAGAGCGGAGAGACAGUGGACUUACCAGACCUGCACCGAGUUUGGCUUCUACCAGACUUGUGAGGAUGCCACUUGUCCGUUCUCUGGGAUGAUGACCCUUCAAGCCCAGACUCAAUUCUGUCCCAUGCUGUUUGGCAUUUCCCAGCAUUCCCUGCCUGGACGCAUUGCCUUCACAAACACUUACUAUGGAGAGAAUGUCAAACCACACACACCCAGGGUCCUCUAUGUCAAUGGUGGAGUUGACCCAUGGAAGGAGCUGUCGGUGGUGCAGGACAGGACAGAGGAUGGAGAGAAAGCCCAGACCAUUUUCAUUAGGGACACUGCUCACUGUGCUGAUAUGAUGAGUAGAAAAGUCACAGACCGCUGCUCGCUCAAGAAAGCCAGAGAGGAGAUUGAGAAACAUGUGGUCAGUUGGCUGAAGAUGGCUGCUGCAGGAGAAGAUUGAGAAAAGGACGGUGUGAUCAGAUCACAUUCCGUAAAAUCUGAUCAACUCUUAUCACUGACCCCUGCAACAGAUAAGGAGCAACUAGUGUGCUUGGCUGCUCUGCUUCAUCACAUCUUCCUUUUUUUCCUCUCUAAGCCUGUUCUCCACCUCCUAACCAUCCAUCCACAACUAUCUCUGCACUGUGCUUGAUCUGUGUGAUUUGUUUUUAUUCCCAAAGGAUUGUUUUUCAUGUAUUACAGAUGUUUUUAAAGUUGAAAUCAAUGUUGGGAUUGCAGAACGAGUUUCAUUUAUGCUCCUCUCCCCUAUGUAUCUUGGUUGUCUUAGAUUUGAUAUUUAUGGAUAACAUUAAGGUUUACACCUGCUGUGUUUAUGAGACUUUAUGCUUAUAAUAACACAUUUAAUGGCUGUUUUCUAAAUAUUAGCUUAUGCUUUGUUUUUUCACAAUAUUCAUCAGUUGCCAUAACCCUGUAUUAUCACUAGGGCGCGAUAUUGCUACGUGUGUGUAAAAACCAUUUCUUGAGCCUCAUUCUCUGUAAAACACCAGGAAACAGAACUCAGAAUAGUUUGCCACGCUGGUAUUUAUCUGUUGUUCUUAAUUAAAGGCAGCAAUAUUGUUAUAA